UAAAAACAAGAAGAAGAAGAAGGCAUUUCCGGUUUCCACUUCCAUUCGAUACGUUCAGGCUUUGUCACGGCGUAAUGAGGUGAACACCUCAAGGCUAAUUUGUUGUUUUUAUAGUGUUAGAGCGGCGCUGGUGGCGCGUGCAUUGAGGCGAAUUGGUGCCGGAGAUCACGUAAAGUGAUCGCAACAUUUAGCCUGUGGCUGAGUGGUGUGUGUGUGUGUGUGUGUGUGUGUGUGUGUGUGUGUGUGUGUGUGUGUGUGUGUGUGUGUGUGUGUGUGUGUCUGUCUGUCUGUCUGUCUGUGUCUGUGUGUGUGUGUCUGUGUGUCUGUGUGUGUGUGUGUGUGUGUCUCUCUCUCUCGAGCCGCGGUACCUGUGAUUAAUCAUACAACUUCGCGUCUGGUGUUUUGUUCAAUCUAAUGGUGAGAGUGGGGAGUUGAGCUAAGUCUUCUCUAAGACAAACCCCUAGCCGAAGACGCUACAUGUGACGCUGCUGUUUUGCUUUAGUGCAUCAACAGUUGUUUUGCUUUAUGUACUGUUUUGCUUCAUGGUUUUAUGUAUUUUGUUUUACUUUAGUUUUGGAUGUAUGUCUGGUUCGUUUUGCAAGCACAUAUAGUAAGAGAGUGAGCAGUCUGAGUGGUAAAAUUAGUGUUUCCUAGCCUCAGAUCUGUUUCAGGUUUGUUGAUCUACAUAACCACUUUACUACUGAGAGGGUGUAUGUUAAGCCUUACUGUCUCCAUGCUAUAGUGGCCAUAAUUGUCCUUUGUCCCUUUUUAUUAUUAUUAUUUUUUUAAACUGUAAUUCUGGUUCUGCUUGGGUGCUGUCCACUGCCUCCAUUUCUUGUGGUGGUGUCAGUGGGCCUGGGUGUUAUAGCUACCAUACCACAGUGUCUGUAAUAUUUGUCUUUCUGUGUCUUGUUGUUUAGUGUUUGUGUAACUUUGGGUUAGCUGGUGUCUUCUUUGUCUCCAGGAGCCAGUGAGUCUUGGUGGGACAGGGUAGGCUAGCUGCAUUUAUUCAGUGGUGUGUUUCACAGCGUGCUCAGUGUGUCAACACAACUUCCUUAUGGUGUAGGUAGUGUGCGAUUUUGGUGGGUUUGGAUGACCUCCUGAGCUGUAGCUGACCUGCCUUGUCCCUGCCAAGCCUGGGCCUGGAGAAGUUCUUAAUUUUUAAAAUAUUUAUUGUGCUUCAGGGGAAAGUGAUUUAUUUCCAUGUCAAGUUUUAAAUGAUGCUUAGGUGUCAUAAUAAAAUACAAAUGUUUAUAUUCGUACUCAUGUCUCACUCUCAUUUUCCUUGCCCCGAUUGGUGAAACUUGUGUGUGCCUUUUGUUUGUUAGUAUUUCCCUGGUUCUCCCUCAAGGUGGUGUAGUUGGAUUUACUGCAUUUGGGAUAAACGUUUUCCCUCCACUUAGGAAUGCCACAUUUCUGGUGUAGUUGGCAGGAUAAACGUCUCCCUUCACAUUGAAUAUUGCUACACAAACAUGCAAAGUAAAUGGAGAUCUAUUGGAUUUAUUCAGUUUGUUUUGGCUAAUAACAAUCUGUUUGUAAGGCUUGUGAUCCACAGCUGAAAAAGUCGUCAUCUGAACAGAGCAGACGCAGAGAGAGGUGAGAGUGCAGCGGGGAAGUAACACCUCGUGCUUGCAGGACAGAACUGGCCACAAAUGGAAAGUCGCUAAGGUUUGUCCAGAAAGUCGCUAGAUUUGUCGCUAGGCAGAAAUCUGGAUGUAGAUUUACAUCUCUAAUGAGCAAUUAUCUGUAGACCAGCUGUAGUAGCAGCUUUAUGGCACAAGAUGUCGCUACUUAGUCGCUUAGCCGUAGCUCUAUAAUCAAAGACCUAGGAAGAAUAAAUAAAUAAUUAAACUAAACAAUUAAAUAAACUAUUUUAAGCUAUUUAAACUCUAAUAAAUUAUGUUACUGAUUACAAUUAUACUCAUGAUUUUAUUACUUUUCAUGAUCAUCACUCAUGACCAGCCUCUAAGUGCUCCUCAGCUCACACAUGGUAAAUGUGUCUUUAUUACUUCCUGUAAGUCUAGUUAAACACACUUGCUGGUGAAUAUACUAAUUAACAUUACAGCUUUGUCCUAAACACUAGAAGUCAUGUGUUGAAAUUAGUGAAGUUAAUGUUUAUUAAAUUAAUUCAUGCCCAGGUGUUUUUUUUUUUUUUUUGAUUGGGGGGGAGGUUAUGAUACUAUAAAGUAAGAUAAAACCACCACAUGAGAGAAAAUAUAAAUAAAUAUUAAUACUGCAUAUAAAAUGUAAAUUGAGCCAUGGAAAGAGUGAUGAAAGAGAUUUUGAAAAAAUGAUAAAUGAGACAGUGGUUGUUGUGGUUUCCUGAUAAUCACACUAUAUAACAGAGAGACACUCAGGCAGUGUGUGUGUGUGUGUGUGUGUGUGUGUCACUUUGAGGGACUGGUGUGUGUGUGCAGAAAAAUCAGUAAUGAUGAAGUGCUUGUAUCUUUUGUCUGUUGUGUUUCACGUCGCUGCAGGCGUAUUGACUCAGAAGGUGAAGGUGGAUCCGGAAGUGGUGUCCUAUCCGGGUCAGACAGUGAUCCUGUGCUGCCAGUUUCCUGACAAAGGCCAGACCCAGCUCACUCAGGUGUCCUGGAUUUUAGAAAAUAGCUCUGCCACUAAGACCAACAUUGCAGUGUUUCAUCCAACUUUCGGGGUCAGUUACCCAGCAUCCCCAGUGCAGGGGCGUGUGAGUUUCACAAAAGAACCCCCCCCUCUGGAACAUCCAACUAUCCAGAUCACAGACAUUGCUCUGACAGAUGAGGGGAAUUACGUCUGCGAGUACGCCACAUACCCGACCGGAAUCGAAAAUGGGGUAACCGCCCUCGUCAUACUAGCCAAGCCCCAGAACACGGCUUCCACCAUCACCGUUCCCGCCGGCACUUCUCCCGUCUCUGUAGCGCAAUGUGUGUCGGCCAACGGACGACCACCGGCAACCCUCACCUGGGUGACUAAUCUGAGCGGCAACGGGACAGGACUGGUCCAGACGAGCAACUCGGACAACACGGUGACGGUGCGCAGCGAGUACCUUUUCACGCCCACGGCGGCCGAUAAUGGCAAGGAGAUCACCUGCGUGGUGUCACAUCGCACACUGACCAAAGCUGAGAACUUCCCCAUGAAACUGGUGGUCCAAUAUCCUCCUCAGGUGCAGAUUGUAGGAUAUGACAAUAACUGGUAUGUAGGCCGUACAGACGUGGUGCUGACCUGCCAAUAUCAGGGGAACCCCAGUCCUCCCACUGUAAACUGGAAGAUGAGCUCAGGCUUUAUGCCAGACUCGGUGGAGAUGGCCCAGAACAAACUAACCGUACGGAAGGUGGACGACUCUGUAAAUACCACGUUUAUCUGCGAGGUGACAAACAGCCUCGGCAUCGGCAAGGACCAGGUCACUGUGUUCGUCAGGGGCGUAUUGACUCAGAAGGUGAAGGUGGAGCCAGAAGUGGUGUCCUAUCCGGGUCAGACAGUGAUCCUGUGCUGCCAGUUUCCUGACAAAGGCCAGACCCAGCUCACUCAGGUGUCCUGGAUUUUAGAAAAUAGCUUUGCCACUCGGACCAACAUUGCAGUGUUUCAUCCAACUUUCGGGGUCAGUUACCCAGCAUCCCCAGUGCAGGGGCGUGUGAGUUUCACAAAAGAACCCCCCCCUCUGGAACAUCCAACUAUCCAGAUCACAGACAUUGCUCUGACAGAUGAGGGGAAUUACGUCUGCGAGUACGCCACACACCCGACUGGAAACGAAAAUGGGGUAACCGCCCUCGUCAUACUAGCCAAGCCCCAGAACACGGCUUCCACCAUCACCGUUCCCGCCGGCACUUCUCCCGUCUCCGUAGCGCAAUGUGUGUCGGCCAACGGACGACCACCGGCAACCCUCACCUGGGUGACUAAUCUGAGCGGCAACGGGACAGGACUGGUCCAGACGAGCAACUCAGACAACACGGUGACGGUGCGCAUCGAGUACCUUUUCACGCCCACGGCGGCCGAUAAUGGCAAGGAGAUCACCUGCGUGGUGUCACAUCGCACACUGACCAAAGCUGAGAACUUCCCCAUGAAACUGGUGGUCCAAUAUCCUCCUCAGGUGCAGAUUGUAGGAUAUGACAAUAACUGGUAUGUAGGCCGUACAGACGUGGUGCUGACCUGCCAAUAUCAGGGGAACCCCAGUCCUCCCACUGUAAACUGGAAGAUGAGCUCAGGCUUUAUGCCAGACUCGGUGGAGAUGGCCCAGAACAAACUAACCGUACGGAAGGUGGACGACUCUGUAAAUACCACGUUUAUCUGCGAGGUGACAAACAGCCUCGGCAUCGGCAAGGACCAGGUCACUGUGUUCGUCAGGGGCGUAUUGACUCAGAAGGUGAAGGUGGAGCUGGAAGUGGUGUCCUAUCCGGGUCAGACAGUGAUCCUGUGCUGCCAAUUUCCUGACAAAGGCCAGACCCAGCUCAUUCAGGUGUCCUGGAUUUUAGAAAAUAGCUCUGCCACUCGGACCAACAUUGCAGUGUUUCAUCCAACUUUCGGGGUCAGUUACCCAGCAUCCCCAGUGCAGGGGCGUGUGAGUUUCACAAAAGAACCCCCUCCUCUGGAACAUCCAACUAUCCAGAUCACAGACAUUGCUCUGACAGAUGAGGGGAAUUACGUCUGCGAGUACGCCCUAUACCCGACCGGAAACGAAAAUGGGGUAACCGCCCUCGUCAUACUAGCCAAGCCCCAGAACACGGCUUCCACCAUCACCGUUCCCGCCGGCACUUCUCCCGUCUCCGUAGCGCAAUGUGUGUCGGCCAACGGACGACCACCGGCAACCCUCACCUGGGUGACUAAUCUGAGCGGCAACGGGACAGGACUGGUCCAGACAAGCAACUCGGACAACACGGUGACGGUGCGCAGCGAGUACCUUUUCACGCCCACGGCGGCCGAUAAUGGCAAGGAGAUCACCUGCGUGGUGUCACAUCGCACACUGACCAAAGCUGAGAACUUCCCCAUGAAACUGGUGGUCCAAUAUCCUCCUCAGGUGCAGAUUGUAGGAUAUGACAAUAACUGGUAUGUAGGCCGUACAGACGUGGUGCUGACCUGCCAAUAUCAGGGGAACCCCAGUCCUCCCACUGUAAACUGGAAGAUGAGCUCAGGCUUUAUACCAGACUCGGUGGAGAUGGCCCAGAACAAACUAACCGUACGGAAGGUGGACGACUCUGUAAAUACCACGUUUAUCUGCGAGGUGACAAACAGCCUCGGCAUCGGCAAGGACCAGGUCACUGUGUUCGUCAGGGUAGGAAGAAGAGAAACUUCAACACACUCGAGGAAAACAGACACAACACCUUCAUCAGAACCGCCUCAGAGUAAAACAACAAACUCUCCACCUGCAUCAACAACAGUAAAACAAGAUAAACCAGACAGCAGCCUCCCUCUAGUUUUCUGCAUUCUGGCGGUUUUAUUGUUGGUGAUACCCGGUGUAGUGGCAAUUAUUUGUUGGAGACGCAAAGGAGGAAGAUGUGGAGAGAACGUGAUUACUGAAGGACGUCCGGACUGUAAGAGAAAGCGGAAGGAUCAGACUGAACCUGAUGUUACUUACGCAACUGUAACCCACGUGAACACAGCCGGAACAGCACGGGUCCAGAUCAACGCUGCAGACAACACUGAAUAUGCCAGCAUUCUAACAAGAUAAUCCACAGUAAAUAUACAUAGAUACACUCUCAGAUAUUAUAUAAUAAUGAUGAAAACAUAUAUUAAACACACACCAUGGUAAGCAUGUUUUUCCACAAAUUGUUGUUUUUCAUGUUUUUGUUUGUUUGUUUAUUUUUUCAAGUAAAUAGCAGAUUCAGAUAUAUGCAUGUAUGGGGGAAAGCGGGCGGGGUUUCCAGAGUAUUGCAUUACAUUUAUUUAUGUUAGCUAAGGGUAUUGUUCCUCAUUUACUUUGUGUGUUAAUCAUUAAAAAUUGCUGAUGGAUAAUCUUGCAGAAGUAUUUAGAGCGUACGCAUCAUCUUAUAUCUUAUGUGUUCAUUUCUUAUUCUGAUAUAAGAAUGACAUGUAGAAGGCUUUUAUCAUCAUCCUGUUUCGUGUAAGAAGACUCCUAUAUCUGUUCUUGUUUGUGACUUUUAAAGUCUGCUGAGUUCGGGUAAAAAUAAAAGAAUGAGAAUUGAUGCAUCCGACUGGAAUGAAUGUGUAUUUCUAACCUAGCUUUUGUGAAUGUUUCCUAACACUCCUUGCAAUUAUCAUUACUGAAUUCACUUUUUCAGGACUCACACAGUUAGCAGUCUGAGUGGAUGUAGCCGUGGAUCAGUUUUCAUUACACUUACACAAACUUGUGGCACUGAAUAUAAUGAUAUGAAUAUACAGUAUAUAAUAUAAAUAGCCUUAUUCAAACUUCAUGAAUUCUGUUUUCUCUCAAACUCGACCUCCAGCAGAACUCAGUACAUCUACAGCACUUUUUCUUCAUGUUUACUUAAUAUUUACAAAACUGCUGAAUAUUGGUUCAAUAUGUAA